AUGGCAUCAGAACGUCCUCCAUCUCCGAGUCAAGAGGCAGCCCGAGCGGCCCUUGGUGCCGCCGAGGCCCGUUUGAUCACGAACAACCCGUUAUCCAAGGCUCAACAUGACCUCGCCGUCGGCACCCUCCCCGGCGGCAACACCCGCACCCUCCUCCACACCUCGCCCUUUCCCCUCUGCAUGAAGCAAGGCAAAGACGCCUACGUCUGGGACAUCGACGGCCACAAAUACGUUGACUUCGUCGGCGAACUCUCGGCCGGCUUGCUAGGCCACUCCCACCCAACCAUCCACAGCACCCUGCUUUCCACAUUCUCCGACACGGGCCUCUCCCUGGGCGCCACUACGCCGCACGAACAGACCUUCGCCGCCCUGCUCUGCGACCGUUUCCGUCUCGCCCGCGUGCGCAUGACCAACUCGGGCACCGAGGCCAACCUGCACGCGCUGGCUGGGGCGAGGCAUUUCACGGGCCGUCGGAAGGUUGUGGUCUUUUCCGGGGGGUACCAUGGCGCUGUGCUUUCGUUUCCUGACGGGAAACCGGCGGCGAAUACGGUUGAUAGGCAGGAUUUUGUCGUCGUGUCGCGGUAUAAUGACUUAUCUCUCGCUAGGCAGGUGAUCGAACAGACAGAGGACCUUGCCGCGGUGCUGGUGGAGCCGAUGCAGGGCGCUGGCGGGUGUAUUCCUGGGACGAGAGAGUUUCUGCAAGGGGUGAGGCAGGCGGCGAGGGAGAAGGGCGUGGUGUUUAUUCUUGAUGAGGUCAUGACGUCGCGGUUGGCGCCGGGUGGGUUGGGAUGGGAGAUGGGGCUGGACCCGGAUAUGGUGACGCUGGGGAAGUAUCUGGGCGGUGGGCUUGCGUUUGGCGCAUUUGGUGGGAGGGAGGAGGUCAUGAAGGUGUAUGAUCCCCGAGUAGAGGGGGCGUUGGCGCAUUCGGGAACCUUUAAUAACAAUACCUUGGUCAUGUGUGCUGGGACCGCGGUGCUGAGGGAAGUGUAUACGGCCGCGGUGUGUGUGGCGUUCAAUGAAAGGGGGGAGAAGUUCAGGGAGAGGUUGGGAAAGGUUGCCAAGAGUUCGAGGUUGAGUGUGACGGGGAGGGGCUCGCUGAUCGGAUUGCAUUUUACGGAGGAUGGGACACAGGAGAUCGGUUGUGGGGAGGAUCUGAGAGGCAAGGAGAGGCCGGACUUGAGGGAUCUUUUCUGGUUUGAGAUGCUCGAGGCUGGAUUCUGGACGACGAGGCGGGGAUUCAUUGCUAUGAUAUUGGGGACGCCGGAUGACGAGCUGGAUCGUUUUGUCGACGCCUUGGGUGACUUCCUCGAAAGAUAUCGGGACAUCAUGAUGCUAGGAGAAUAUGGUCCGUGGGGGUGA